CCGUGGCUGCGAGACCAAACCCCGAAUGGCUGAGGGCGCUCGGCGGGUACCAGCCUUUCUGGGCAGCGCCCGGAUUUGACAGCUCCGCCGCGCGAGGAUCUCCGCUGACCCCGCCAGACGGCGGCCAACUCUUCGCCGCCCGGCAGAGCCAGGCGCCGCGAGGUUCCAACUUUCCAACUUGGGUUUUGGAGUCUCUGACCCGAAAAGACUGCCCCUUCGUGUAGGAAGAGACGGGGAGCUCUAUCGUGUCGUUCGCUUGAAAGCCAUCCAUAGAAAAGGCACUCUGGUUCCACAUGUCGCCCGGACGUAUGUUUUCAUGAAGAUUGCAUUUCUCUGAUACUACUCUUAACAUUUCUGGUUUUAAAAAUACAAAGUGCUUUUGGGGACAUGCUGAAAGGUGACUGAAGACGGCCAAGAGAAACCUCCGGUUGUCAUGGCUGAAGGAGAGCACGAAGUGAGAUGGGAUGGGCUGUGCAGCAGAGAUUCAGCGACCAGAGAGACAGCCCUGGAAAACAUUAGGCAAGUCAUUUUGAGAAAAGCCGAGUGUCUUCGUUCGGUGAAAGAGACACCUUGCCGCCCAUCGGACGGGCUUUCAGAUGCUGGCUCGCUGGAUGGGUUGAAUAAGCUUCUUGCUCAUCUGCUUAUGCUUUCUAAGAGGUGUCCCUUUAAAGAUGUCAGAGAGAAAAGCGAGUUUAUUUUGAAGAGCGUCCAGGAACUUGGAAUUAGAAUUCCUCGACCACUAGGACAUGGACCAAGCAGAUUUAUCCCAGAAAAGGAGAUUCUUCAGGUGGGGAGUGAAGACGCACAAAUGCAUGCUUUAUUUGCAGAUUCUUUUGCUGCUUUGGGUCGUUUGGAUAACAUUACAUUAGUGAUGGUUUUUCACCCACAGUAUUUAGAAAGUUUCUUAAAAACUCAACACUAUCUACUGCAAAUGGAUGGGCCAUUACCCCUGCAUUACCGGCACUACAUUGGAAUAAUGGCUGCAGCAAGACAUCAGUGCUCCUACUUAGUGAACCUCCAUGUAAAUGAUUUCCUUCAUGUUGGUGGGGACUCCAAGUGGCUUAAUGGCUUAGAGAAUGCUCCUCAAAAACUACAAAAUUUAGGAGAACUUAACAAAUUGUUAGCCCACAGACCUUGGCUUAUUACUAAAGAACACAUUGAGCAACUUCUAAAAGCUGAAGAGCACAGCUGGUCCCUUGCAGAACUGGUACAUGCAGUAGUUCUACUCACACACUAUCAUUCUCUUGCCUCGUUCACAUUUGGCUGUGGAAUCAGUCCAGAAAUUCAUUGUGAUGGUGGCCACACAUUCAGACCUCCUUCUGUUAAUAACUACUGCAUCUGUGACAUUACAAAUGGCAAUCACAGUGUGGAAGAGAAUCAGGUCAACUCAGCAGGAAAUGUUUCGAUAAGUGAUUCCUUCUUUGAGGUCGAAGCCCUCAUGGAAAAGAUGAGGCAAUUACAGGAAUGUCGAGAUGAAGAAGAAGCAAGUCAGGAAGAGAUGGCCUCACGUUUUGAAAUAGAAAAAAGAGAGAGCAUGUUUGUCUUCUCUUCAGAUGAUGAUGAAGUUACACCAGCAAGAGAGAUAUCUCGUCACUUUGAGGAUACUAGUUAUGGCUAUAAGGAUUUCUCUAGACAUGGGAUGCACGUUCCAACAUUUCGAGUCCAGGACUAUUGCUGGGAAGACCAUGGUUAUUCUUUGGUAAAUCGCCUUUAUCCAGAUGUGGGACAGUUGAUUGAUGAAAAAUUUCACAUUGCUUACAAUCUUACUUAUAAUACAAUGGCAAUGCACAAAGAUGUUGAUACCUCAAUGCUCAGACGGGCUAUUUGGAACUAUAUUCACUGCAUGUUUGGAAUAAGAUAUGAUGACUAUGACUAUGGUGAAAUUAACCAGCUAUUGGAUCGUAGCUUUAAAGUUUAUAUCAAAACUAUUGUUUGCACUCCUGAAAAGGUUACAAAAAGAAUGUAUGAUAGCUUCUGGAGGCAGUUCAAGCACUCCGAGAAGGUUCAUGUUAAUCUGCUUCUUAUAGAAGCUAGGAUGCAAGCCGAACUCCUUUAUGCUCUGAGAGCCAUUACGCGCUAUAUGACCUGAUGCCUUUCCUCCAUUAAAGAUGAUGGAAUAAUCAGCAGAUAUAGUCUACGAGGGGAAGGUUCUAAGCCCCAGGACCAAUGGUAGAUAAAAGAAUUCAGAAAUACAUUGUGCCAUGAUUCCUUUAGUUUCUGCUGUUUUCCUGUGGAAAUACCACUGUUGGCACGAGCAGUGACUGCUUGGCAGCUUCAAGUUUAGAGCUGUGAAGAAGGGUUGCCGUUCACAGUAUUUUGCUUUUUGAAGUACAAGAUGCUGUAUAACUGUUUUUAAUACAGCAAAUAGUAACUCUCCAAAUCCUGUUGCUUUUAUGUUUUAAAUAAGAUAACAAGAAUUGGAGCAUGCAAAGAAUGGGACUUGGAAAAUGACAUAAGCCUUUUUACACAAAGAAUUUUAGGUCUUGGUGCUGCUAUUCCUGCUGGUGGAAUGAGUAGAGUGGUUGUUCCAGUUAAGCUAUUAGUAAUAAAGUGAACACUGCUACUAUCUGAGCCUACAUAAUUUUUGUGGUUUCAAAUUAAACUUGCAUAUGUAUUAAUUUUGUUGCAUCUAAAAAAGCAUAGAAUUAUUACUCAUAGCUCAGCAAAGACUGUUUUGAUGGUAACAGUUCAAUUCUUUCAUUAUAGUUGUUUUUUUAAAUUCAGAGUUAUUGGAUGACAUUAAUUACACUGUCAUUCUUAAAGAUUUCCUUCAAAAAGCAAUUUAAAUGUAAAUGAAAAUGUGUAAAUUAAGAAAAGCUGGCUAUCUCUUGAUAUGCUAUUUCUCAAGAUCCUCUGACACUGGAGGGCAGCUAUCUCGUGCAGUGUUUUUGUUGCCAGCCCGGGAGUUGUGGGACAUGUGGCUAUCGUCUGCUGCACAGCCCAGGUGCAUUCUGCUCCUGCCCACCUCAUUGACCCCACUUUAAAGAUGUGCACUCCAUAAAUAAUAAAGCUGGAAAAUAUUUUUAGUCAGGUUAUCAAACUUGAUUUACAAAAAUGCUGUUUGUUUGAAAUGCAAACAGGUUUGAAAAAAAUGUAUUGAGUACUUUGUAUUCUGGAAGCCUGAACUGCUUUUGAAGUCUGUCAGUAUUAUUGGUAUUUUUCAAUAAAGAAUAACUUUUCUCCAAUUUUA